UCGAAAACGUAAACAACAACAGCUGAUUGUGAGAAUGUGAAGAUUUUUUUUAUUUUUUAUUCUUUUCAUUUAGUUUUUUUUUGUUGUUGUUGUUGUUGUACUUCCCCAAGUAUUCCUUAUAUAUAUAAGACAACUAAAUAUGGAAAAAGUAGAUACUGCCGGAGGAGGAAACAUGCCUCCUCUGAUAAUAAAUUCAGGGAUGCAGAAUUCUGGGGUUUCAUCAAUGAGGCCCAUAGUCAUUAAAAAGGAAAAUGCAGUCCCCAAUUCCUCAAAAGUGGAUGUGCAGCCUCUUGUAGUAUGUGUGCCUCCUGGGGGAAAUAGCCUUGCCCCAAACAUGCGGCUCGUGCAGACUGCUGACGGCAAGAAAUUGUUGCUAACAAAUGUUGUUAAAACAUCUAAACCUUCACCUACUUCUAGUAAUCAGGCAAUGAUGGUACCCCAAAACUUAGUAAUGCUCUCAUGCCCCCCAGUACAGUCACAAAUAAAGCCUGUAGUUUCUACAAAUAACCCCCAGACUUUCAUAGUACAGCCCAACAAAACUACCACUGGGUCAGCAGCACAAAAGAAACCCAUUGCAAGUGCCCAACCAAUGGUAUUAAAGGUAUCUGGCAUGACCCCACCUUUGAUAGUAAAACCAAACUCCCAGAUAAAUUCUCUAACAAUACCAAGUGUAUCAGCAGCACAGGUUGUAAAUAUCAAACAAGAGCCAGUGAUGCCUCAGGUUGUUACAAUGGUCGAUAAGACAAGUACAUCACUUGCAAAGAAUCUGUUGUCUUCACCCAUAACACCCGCUCCCAGCCUGGCAAAUCCAGUAGUAAUAUUAAGUAAUGAGGGUAAGAAGUACAAAGUUGUUGGCAAUCCUGUUCCAGUUAGAUUACACCCAAAACUGCAAAAAAUAGCACCAAAAGGACAGACUGCCAUUCCACCUUUGAGAAAAGUACAGCAACAGCUAUGUCAACCACAGCAACAGCUAUGUCAACCACAGCAACAGCUAUGUCAGCCACAGCAACAGCAAGUUAUCCAACCUCCAUCCCCUGCCAAGAAGGUACUCUCAUCAAAACCACCUGCCUACUUGAACAUCCGGAUCAAAGAAGAACCUAAUGAUGAGCCAAUUGGGGAAUUAGUGUAUGUAGAUGGUGGUGUAAAGAUCAAGGAUGAGCCUAUAGACCCCCAGACAGAGCUAGAAGAGGCUUUGGAGAUGGCAUCACAGAAGCCAUUUGUAGAUGUCAGAAUUAAAGAAGAACCAAGUGAGGAAGAUGAGCUGCUAGAAAAAGAUGAACAACUAAGGAAAGUUCUAGAAGCCACGUCAGCCACAAGCACAAAUGAUACACCAAACAAGCCACGUAGGUUUUACAUUCGAACAUCAGAAGGCAAGUUAAUCUCCAUCUCUCCAGAAGAAGCGGAAGCCCUUGGACUAAAUCAUGAUGAUAAAGCUGAGGAGAAUCAGAAGAAGCUUGUCAAGGCCCUGGCUGGAGUUGGGGACUUCCCAUUGAAGAAAGUUCUUGUCGACCAGAAGCGUCUCGAGAAGACCCAGUGCACAGUCUUGAUCCCAGACAAUGUAGAUGUAAAGGAUUUUGUGAGCCGAAAUGUUCCUCCUGCUGCAGAAAAAGAAGCAACUCUUAUGAAAACCCUGAAGUGCUCCUCAGAAGCUCUUGAGGCUCAGUUCUCAACCUCUAAAAUCUUUGUUCCCACAAAGACUAACACUACCAUUAUUGGUGAGUAUAUAGAUAAGGAUGUGCAUUUCCUUAAAAUUCAUAUUGAAACAGAGAGUGGAGAAAGAGAUGUGUGUAACAUUCUUAAAACAGCUUUAAAUACUUAUCAGUGCCCAUUCUGUAAGAAAGAUUUUAAAACAAAAGACCACAUAAUUUCACAUAUCAGAGUACAUACAGGAGAAAGGCCUUACCCAUGUGAUAUCUGUGGCAAAAGAUAUCGCCAGAGAAUUGACAUUAUUCGACACAUGCGUAUUCACACAGGGGAGAAACCAUUCACUUGUGGGCUAUGUAAUCUAUCUUUCAAUCAAAAGUCUAACUUGAGAUCUCAUAUGAGAAUUCACACUGGUGAACGUCCAGUACAGUGUAAGAUUUGUGGGAAAGGAUUUUCUCGGAACACACAUCUGAAGCAGCACAUGAAAUUGCAUACAGGUGAAAAACCUUUUUCCUGUCAAAUAUGUUACCGGCCAUUCCGCUUCAAAUCUGGUCUCCAGGCACAUGAGCGAAUACAUUCAGGACUCAAACCCUAUGCCUGUGGUGUCUGUGGGAGGAGCUUCACCCAGGUUGUUGGUUUAAUACGCCAUGAGAGGACCCAUGCUGGAGAAAAGCCUUUCCGUUGCCAGAGUUGUGGCAAGUCCUUCAAUAAUCGUGAAAGUUUACAGUUUCAUGUUAAGAAGCACACAAGUGAACGUCCAUAUUCUUGUGACUUGUGCAAGAAAACCUUCACAGACACAUCAGCUCUUCGUUGCCAUAGAAAAAAAUACCAUAACAACAUGCUUAUAUGUAUGAUUUGUUUCCGUGAGGACUUUAAAACGCGUAUUGAACUAAGAGAACAUCUGCGUGCCCAUGAGAGAGAAAACUGGGAAGAGAAUGAAAGUGGGGAUCUCGUGCCUCGUAUUCAAGAAGGAUCUCCAACUUUUGUGAGUAUAGACGAUACCAUGGAGAACCUGGAAGAGGGUGAAGAAGAAAACAGGGAAGGAGUUGAUUUUGACUGUGAAAGAGCAGAGGAAAUCCAAGUGGAAGUGGAACUAGAUGUGGAUGACCCAAUUGAGAACGAUGAUGAGUACGCCAACGACAGUGACUAUGAGGACCAAGAUUUCCAAGGUGAUCCCCUUGUUGAUCCUUUGAUGUGAUUCUCAGAUUUUUGAAAAUUGAGAAAUGUGGCUGUAGAAUCUCUUGGGGAUGGGGUAUGCUCUUCAUUGUAUUUUGUUAUGUUUUCGUCACAUUUAAAAUGUUUUGCAAAGUAUCAUGUUAAUCAUUCCUAGGUGGAUGUAUUUUAUGUGAUUAAUGUUACAUUAUUUUUUCUUUUAUUAAUAUAUUUACAUUCAUGUUUUUUUUUUUUACACUAAAUAAGGACUUUUGUACAUAGUAAACCAUUCAAGUGCUUGUUUAGUUUACAUUAGAAUUAUAUGAUAGUUAACCUUUUUUAUGCAAUUGAACAAAUGGCUGUUUUUAUACAAAUUUAUGGAAGUUCACAGAGAAAGGAAGCUGGGGUGGAUUUCAUUGAUUUGAUAUGGGUUAUAGUUCAGUGAUUUUUCUUUAUGAUUAAUUGCAGCAAGAAGUUGGAUUUUUCAAUGUAAAAGUGACAUUUUGAAAUUAUAUAGAAACUGGUGUAAGUCUUUGGUGCUUCUCAAAAUGUACUCUCAGAUGCUUACAGGAAAUGUUAGCCUUCCAGGAAAAGGAGAUUGGUCAUUUGACUUAUACCAUACUUCAGAUUAUAUUCUCAUCUCACUAGUUUACCUACAGAGUGUAUAUAUUAUUACCUUUUUAAAAAUGUUUAUUUCAGAAACUUUUAAGAUAAAGAUAUGCAAAUGCAAAUUUAUACCUGUCUAUCAGGAGUUUGUUUUAAAAUUAUUGGAUAAUGUUCGAAAAGUUAAAGGAACAAUUUUUGGUCAGGUUAGAUUUUUAUUCUAUCAGAUGCUUAGUUUGUUUAUAAUGAGAGGGGGAUAUCCUCCAGAGUUUGUUUAAGAAAUGUUAGAUUUAAUUUGUAACAUAUGGUUGGUGUCUGUAGUCUUAAGUUAUGUAGUCAUAUUUUAAUACCCUAUGUUAGUACUACAGAUAAGGGAUGUCCUUCCUUGAAACAAAGGUAAAAUUGGACCCUUCUUGUUGUUAGCUCUCCUGAUCAAAUAUAUAAUGACACAACUUGAUGAUAUAUGAAAAUGACAUUGUAAUAGCCCUGAUUUAGCCAUAAUCUCAAUCAACAUAAUGCAUGCAUGUAGAAAACCACAAAUAUAUCUGUUAACAUGAUCCCACUUGGUUUGGAAUCUUGGAAGUCAGUCACUUCAGUGCCACCAAGCAUAUUUCUGGUGUUAGAACAUUUUAGCAAGACAAUCUGUAGUAGUCAUCUUUUUCUAAGUGCAUCUGAUCAUUUAUAUUGCCAGUAGAGUUGAUCAAAAUGCAAUUUACUCAGGCUUAUGAAUUUACUUAUUUAUUUCUUUGUAUACAUUUCCUUGAACUUUCUUUUGUUUGUUUGUUUGGUAUGUUGCUCAUGGUUCUGCAUUUUUCUUUUUUAAUUCUGAAUACUGAAUUUUAGAUAUUUGUGGUAAAGCUGCCUACUUCACUUAAUUCAUCAGUAUUCCAACCAUGCUUGCAUUAUGAAACUGAGUUUGUAGGAAUAAUAGCUCUGUGUAAUGAGUGUAUGAUGAAUGGAGAGAUGAUGAAUAUGAUUUUUCUCAGAAUUAUUGAAGGUCUUCCAGAAGUAAAGGAUAAAAAAAAUAGAUUGUUACAUUACCAUUUUCUAAAUGUCUAUGAUAAAUAUGUAAUAUUUAAUAUUACAUAAAGUAUAUUUUUCAAAGAUGUUUUAUUAAUGAAUUUUGUACAUGUUCACAACACUCGAGAGUUUACACUCAUAAUGUGUGUAAUGUUCUAUAGGUGCCUUAUAUGUAUCCAAGUGUCCUUCCAUAGUGCCUUGCAUUUUAGACCUUUGAAGUAAAUCAUUGAUGAUA